CUGUAAUCUUGAAUUGUAGAAGAUGCGAUGCGUAUAAAAUUCUGCAAGAGAAUCUUUAGAAAAAUAAUGGGUCAAACACUUGGUGAGCCUGUGACAGCUAAGAAGUCAGCAUGUUGCAGAAAUUCAAACUAUCGUGUUGGAAGUUCUUGUAUGCAAGGUUGGCGUGUUAAAAUGGAAGACUGCCAUGUACAUAUACUUUCGUUACCUGAUGAUCCUGGUACUGCAUUUUUUGCAGUAUAUGAUGGCCAUGGAGGUGCAGCAAUGGCACAACAUGCUGGAAAACACCUUCAUGAGUAUAUAACUAGAAGAAGUGAGUAUAAAAAUGGUCGCAUUAUUGAAGCUAUAGAACAAGGUUUCCUGGAACUAGAUAAGGCAAUGCAAAAUGAUGCAGCACUUAAAGAUGAACAAGCAGGAACUACUGUCAUAGCUCUUCUUAUUAAGGACAAUGUUGUAUAUAUUGCAAAUGCAGGUGAUAGUAGGGCAGUAGCAAGUAUCAAUGGUGAUGCUGUUCCCCUUAGUCGUGAUCAUAAACCUAUCUUAAAGGGCGAACGUGAAAGAAUUGAAGCUGCUGGUGGUUGGGUUGAAUUUAACAGAGUCAAUGGUCAGCUAGCAUUAUCUCGCGCCCUUGGUGAUUUUAUAUUUAAACGAAAUGACCGCAAAUCAGCACAGGAACAAAUCGUAACUGCUUUUCCCGAAAUUCAAGAAGGUCAAUUAACAGAAGAUUGGGAAUUUGUUGUUUUGGCCUGUGAUGGCAUUUGGGAUGUAAUGACAAAUAACGAGGUAGUGAAUUUUGUCAGAACACGUUUAGUUCAGCCGAAAUUUGGGACAGGACAAGAACAAGACACAAUGGAUCCCGAAGAAAUUUGUGAACAGCUUAUGAAACACUGCCUUGCACCAGAUGCUUUAAUGGGUACUGGUUGUGACAAUAUGACAGUUGUCCUCGUAUGUUUUCUUCAUGGAAAACCAUAUUCUCAUUUAAUUUCUCGCUGCAAGGAAUCUAUUAGACCAAAUCCUUAUAUUUAA